AUGGACUUCAUCGGCAUUUGGGUCCCUAUUCUGCUCGUACUAAUUGAUCCGGCGUCCUUAGCAUAUCCAUCUAACACGAGGUCACAAAGCCUGAGCCUGACCAAUGAUGUAUCUCUAGGGGUCGUAUCGCAGAUCAAUCUAACAAAUUCGGUGCAAGACUACCCAGUCUAUCCUACCACAUGCUUUCCUCCCCCAUCGCGUGGACGUCACGUACGGCAGCCGGACCUCAUGAAUGUUAUAUCGGACUGCUCCUGGAUUAUCAAUGAGAUCCUCCUCCAACAAGACGGCCUUCUUUUCCAGGACCUCCUCUUCAACUACAAAUCCUUCAAAGAUCAGUCUGGCAAAUGGUACCUCUCUCGAUGGCAUCGUGAUCGGUGUGUCAUCAUUGUCGCGUGUGUGGAAAAGCACCAGGAACAAACGUUACAGCUUUUCAAUGUUGUCCUUGCCGCAAACAAGAUCUUGAAAGAAUGCGUCCAAGACCAGCAGAUUCUUGCAGGAGGGACGACUGCCAUCGGUUCACCGAACAAUUCUUUUUACGUCGGCGUUCUAGGACUGCAAGACAGCGACGCUGCAAGCCAGUCCAACAUAUCUUUGUUGUCAGAUCUCGAUCUUUCCGAAGAGGAUAUACAACGUAGCGUACUACGCACUACGUCGAAUUCUGAGUCGUCAAUUGGAGACUAUAAGGUCAACUAUUCGACCAUUUCUCCUGCGCCGAGUGUUAGCGUGGAAAAGAGAGCUUCUGUUCCACCGCACGGCUCUUCGCCCUCGACGGGCAGACAAAGCUUGGUACCAGAAGGCGCACUGAGCACCUCGAACCUGGUUCUGGCCUCAACGAACCUCUCGGGAAGCAUCGAAGCACCUCCAAGCUACCCAGUCACCUGUUUCAAUCCCUACACCAUCCAAUUGAAGCCUGCAGCUGUGGAAGAUUGCCAGUUCGUCAUCAACCAAAUCAUUCUGAGAUACCCGAAUCCGAUGUUUCUGCAAACUUUUGGCUACACAGCUUCUGCGGACAUUGACCUCUCGCAACCACGAAACCAGAAGUGGAUAUUUGGCCAGUGCGCCAUAUUUGUCAAGAACCCCGACAUGACCCGGACAGACACCUUCCGGAUGGUUGAUGUAGCAUACACUGCGCAUGAGAUCAUGACAAAGUGUGUCGUUGGUGUCAAAUAUCCCGUGGGUGGUACCGCGGAUAUUGGUAGCACCGCGCAUAAUUUCUAUGUGGCCGUGGGGGGCGUCCGUGUAACGGACGCCGCAUAUGUCUCGAUAAUGCAGUAA